AUGACAUCUCUCAUCGCUAACGCCUCUCCCAAAUACAUGUAUUUUCGCGACUGCGUCUGCUGCCCUGUCGGAAUUACAUCUCCCACCGUCGGCGGCAUAGUCUUGAAAGUUGUCUUUCAGCCUGGCUGCGAGAAAUGUGCGAAUUGCACUUGCAAGCCGAUAGAGGUGUAUCGGGAUCAGCCAGAUCCGUGGAAACUUUUCUGGGAUCUCAAUGUUGAUUGCGGAUAUUGUCAUGCAACUGGAGAGAACAUUGAGCCUGAGGGUACGGUGCAGGAGGAGAAGAGUUUCGACAGGAAGAUCUGGGAGGCGUUUGUGUACACUGAUGGUGCUAACGGCGCUAAUGCGUUCAUUGGUCCUGCAAAUGUCGGAGGACAGAAUCUUGACGUUGGUGCGGCGAGUGCUGCUCAUUUGAACGAGGUUACUGGCUUGGACGAGGCUACUAGUUUGAACGAGGUUACUAGUUUUAAGGGGGUUACUGGUGACUUCGACGGUAUCUCUAUUUUGAGCGAGGACCCCGAGAACGACCCAUUUGCAACUUAUUUUACAGAGAAUGGACCUGCAGUCCUUACGAAUAGCGAACCUGAUGAUGGACGUUGGCUCGAUUGUGAUGACAGCGAUACCGAGGUUGAGGAUGUCAAAGUAGUAGAUAUUCUUGUUACUAGGGGCGGAAUCAAGUCAGAGAAGCAUGUGAAUCAAAUUGGAAGGGCGUGGCUUACGUGUAAGGGCUUGUAUGGUGGAUACCAAUUUGGGGGUUGGCAGAGAUUGUUUGGGCAUUGA